AUGAGCAACCUUAAAGCUCUUUUCAGUGAGCCAUGGAGGACUCUGCCGAUGAGCACUCAGGAAAAUCUCCUCUUAAUGAAAUCUUACCAACCUCGAAACAAAGAAGUCAAACAUCUCAGGAUUCUGCUUCAUGGACCGGUUGGUGCCGGCAAGUCCAGUUUCAUAAACUCUGUUGAAAGUGCUUUGAGAGGCAUUGUGUCAAAACGAGCUUUGACGGAUGCUAACACCGGGAGCAGCUUCACCCUAAAGUACAAAACAUACAACAUCCAUAAAGAUGAUCAGAGCUUCUAUUCUAUUGUUUUCAAUGACAUCAUGGGCCUUGAGAAAGACGACAACAAAGGAGUCAAGGUGGAAGAUAUCAAACUGGCCCUGCGGGGACAUGUGAGAGAUGGUUACAAGUUCAAUCCCUGUGGCCCACUGACAGAGGACGACCCGGGCUACAACUCCAACCCCUCUCUGGAUGACAAAGUCCACGUGCUGGUCUGUGUGGUUCCUGUCAACUCAGUCUCUCUGUUAGAUGACAAAGUCGUGCAGAAGUUAAGAGAAGUCAGACUAGCUGCCAGUGAUCUGGGAAUUCCCCAACUGGUCAUCCUCACCAAAGUUGAUCAGGCCUGUCCUGAGGUUGAAUCAAAUAUUCAGAACAUGUACAAGAGCAAGUACCUGAAGGGACAGGUGAGCCGGUUUAGAUUUGUUAUUGUUGAGUUUCACUUCUUUUUUUCAUCACAUUUCCACCUUUGGUCUGAGCUUUGCAAUCCCUGAU